UUCGAUUGCUAUAAUUAGACGGCGGAUCGAUCGGACUGUUGCCACUGGACAAGCCGGGGAAAACAUGUGCAAGUGAAGCUCGCGUAUUUCAUGCGCAUGGUGCCCCGCUAACUGACUGGGCUUUCUCACCGUUCAAUGACGAUCUGCUGGCUACUGGUGCAGAGGAUGGCAUGGUCAAACUGUGGAAUGUUGAAGCAUCAAAGGAACCAUCAUGUGUAUCAACAGUGUCCAUCCCUUCGCGUCGAGUCGAUGUCGUCACUUUUCAUCCUACAGCUGACCAGAUCGUCACGACUUUAGGAAAUGAAGGCAAGAAAGUGUGUAUUUGGGAUGCACACAAGAGCGACAAAGCAGCAUUGGAGAUUGCUUCUCCAAGCGAGCCAUUCCAUUCGUUUUCUUGGAAGUCGGAUGGUUCCUUGCUAAGCACGUCCGGUAAAGGUGUUGUUACAGUUUGGGAUCCUAGAGCUGCUGAACAAAUCUCGACAGGUGCUGGCCACGAAGGCAUCAAGGGCUCACGUGUAGUUUGGCUUGGAGAAACCAAUUAUCUGUUUACAGUGGGUCAGAGCAAGUUCCGUAGCCGGGAAUAUGGAUUAUGGGACUCGCGUAACUUGGCAUCGCCAGUCAAAAAGGCCUCGCUGGAUCAAUCGACUGGUAUCAUGUUACCGCUCUAUGACGAAGACACAGAAACAGUCUAUCUGAUCGGCCGUGGCGAUGCUUCGAUCAGAUCUAUGCAGAUGUCAGACCUGAUCACACGACCCAGCAUUGACGAGAACAUGGCAUGUGGCACGGUGGCGUCCGUGUAUGGUGCAGCAUUGGUGCCGAAACAAUCCCUGCAUGUCAUGCAGGCUGAAAUUGCUCGCGUAUUGGCCGUGGUUGAAAAUGCAAUCAUGCCUGUCUCUUUUGAAGUUCCCAGAAAGCAAUACUUGGACUUCCACGCUGACUUGUUCCCCGAAACCAAAGGCACUGUCCCUGGUUUGUCGGCGCCGGAAUGGUUGGCUGGUGAAAACAAGCCCGUUGCAAAAGUUUCCUUGGACCCUGCAAAAGCAAAGAGCAUCCCCACGACAGCCAACACAAACGGCAGUCAGCCAGCUGCUAUCACCAAAGAUGUUAUGCAAAAUUCACCUGCUGCUGCACCUGCUGCUGCUGCUGCUACUGCUAUUUCGACUCCUCCCAGUAGUUCAACCAGCACUGCUUCAGAAAAUCCGUCAUCCGCUUCCGUCAAAGAACAAGAAAAAUCGUCGCCAUCUACAACUACUGAAGAAAAACAGUCAGCUGAUGCUCAAGGAACGGAACCAAAGGAAGAGCAGGAAGCAACAGCGCCUAAGCCAAAGAAGAAGCUUCCUCAGUAUGGAUCGGCCCAUGCUUCUGCAUUCAAAUACGUUUCCGGAAAGCUAUAUCACCCGAGCACACAUUAUGACGACUUGCGUGGUCUGUCCAUCGACAAGAGCGGCAAUUUCGACUUGAUCCAAGCCAGCACGAAACUUAUUGGUGUGCCGAUUUCAGGUGCUGGUGGUCGUGUCGGCAUAAUCUCUAUUAACAAGCCUGGUCGACUUCCUACGCAGAUCCCAUCCAUAUUAUGUGGAUCCACAGUAACCAACUUUAAAUUUGAUCCGUUCGAUCCCCAUGUUCUUGCUACUGCAUCUGAGGACAACUGUAUUCGACUUUGGAGAAUCCCAGAGGACGGUCUGGAAGAAGAUACCGGUGAACCAUUCAUGACAUUGAAAGAUCCAUCCAUGGACAAGACAAGUCAAAUUGAGUUCCAUCCCAUUACCAACAAUGUCUUAUUGAGCGUAUCCAAUGACCUCGGCAAGCCAUCGAUUCGUAUAUGGGACUUGGAUACACAGGAAGUGAAAUUCAAAUAUCCGGCUGGUUCCAACAAUGGUGUUCUUUAUUGUGCAUGGAGCACCGAUGGCAAAAAAGUCGCCAUUCAUGGCAAAGACAAGCAGUUACACGUACUGGACGCUCGAUCAGGCGAUGUGCUGGGUCAAACAAAGUCUCAUGAUGGUAUCCGUCCUUCACGUAUUGUUUGGCUCGAUGCACAUCGUGUUGCAAGUGUUGGAUUUGGUCUUGGUUCGAUGCGUGAAAUCCUCGUUUUCGAUAUCGAUAAAUUGGAAAAGCCUGUUUUGAAAAAAUCGAUCGAUGUCUCUCCCAGUGUCAUGAGCGUGUACUAUGAUCCGGAUUGUGAUCUUCUCUAUGUCGCAGGGCGGGGUGAUCGUAUCAUUCAUACAUAUGCCGCAAAGGAGCUCGAACCACUGGCAAAGAUUGAAGGCACAACACUUCAACAAGGCUUAGUGUUUUUGCCAAAACGACUGUGUCACGUCAAGGAAACAGAAAUUGCCCGAUUCUACCGGUUGACGCCAACUUCGAUCGAACCUUAUGGCGUGCGUGUACCACGAGCAAGACCUGAAUAUUUCCAAGACGACAUCUUUAUUGACACGCCAGACUAUGAGCAUCCUGCGCAAGACGCAAAGAGUUGGUUUGAUGGAGAAGACACGGAAUUAAAGCGAGUUUCGCUGCAACCUGAAGGCAUGACUCCGCUAAGCGAGGCGCCACCACCACCACAAGCGGCCCGAUCCAAAGCCAAAUUCGAGAUGGGCAAAAAGAUGGUCAGCGAUGAGGAACGACGCCAGAAUUUGAUGAAUCGCAUGUUUUCUACUGCAAAACGCGUAGAUGAAGAGGAGGAGGAACGGUUACAGAAGGAACAAGAACAAAACAAGGUUGCAGAAGAAGAGAAGGAUGUCGCAGAUGAUGAAUGGGAUGAUUAGAUUACUACAUGAGCCCUUUUUUCACUCACAUUUUUUUGUAAAUAUACACAUAUAUUUAUUACACAAUUACUACAACUUUGAUGCAGCUAUUGUAUGCUGUCAUGUAUA